AUGAUUGGAGUUAUAAGUUCUAAAGAAGAUUUGGAAUUUGUUGCUAUCGCAAAUAAAUCGGAAAAAUAUAUUGGCGCCAAAAAUGUAACUGAACAUGACAAAGAAGAUACUAUUGUUGAAAAAGAGUCACAAAAGGUGAGGCCCAACAACGCUGUUAAGAAUAAAAUACAAGAAAAGAUUAUUACGGAGAAGAUGUUUCUAAUGUGA